AUGGUGCGUCUCACUCACACAUUGUAUCAUCUUUCUUCACCGAAAACAAGUAACACUAUGAGGUCUCUGCUUCUAAGCCGACUCUCGAGGCUUUCUCUGAGGAAACCACCUCCGCUUGUACUUAGACAGCUCGGUGGUGUUCGAUUCUUGUCGAAGACCCCUAUCUGCCACAUCGUCGGCGCUGAACCUUGUGGAUUUACCCCGAGGGAUGGGGAAAUCGGUGCCCGUGAGCCUGAUGACAGGACGGGAACGAUAGGAGCAUCCAACGGCUGGGUGGCUACUCUGAAAGACGGUGUUGUGUGUCUUCAAGAUGAUCUCAUCCCGAGUGCGUCGGACUCAGCGCCGAAGCGAAUCUCACUGCCUCCUCUCGAGACUCUGCCUCACUGCCAAACGCAGCUGGUGACUAACGUGGCCAUGUCAUCCGCUUCCCCUGACGAGGACGAAGACUGCAUUCUGGCCGUUAAGUUCGUGGGGCCUCAGCUCAGCUUAUGUAGGCCUGCUCUCGGGGACAAGGCCGAGUGGUUCAACAUCAGAAUCACGGAUCCAGGCUUCUUCUCCUCCCGAGUCAUGUAUUCAAGGAGAGAUAAGAUGUUCUCCAUGCCGGGCUCUGGAGGCACACGCACGGGAUCUUGGGAUCUUGAAAAACACAGGGACAAACCCAAGUUGCAGACAUGGCGCUUUUUAAGGCAUCCUGAGUUCGUGCAGACAGAAUGGGGGGACAUAGAUACUUGUUACACGACGGAGCAGUUGGUUGAGUCACGACACACGGGGGAUAUGUUCAUGGUUAAGCGGUUCAGAGAAAGAAACUACGAUGAGGGUGACAGGAUGGAAGAGAAGCAAAUAAUGGUGUUCAAGCUAGACGGGGAUGAGGGCAGUCGUUGUUACAAUGGACAUGGAGAUGCUAUCUACACUGAAGACAUUGGAGAUCUCUGCAUUUUCCUCUCCAAGUCCGAACCUUUCUGUCUCCAGGCCAGCUUGUAUGGCAAUUUCUCAAACUCCAUCUAUUUCGUAGACGACAAUGGAAAUGGAAUGUUCAACUACAAGUUUGAGUAUUCCAAUAAAAAGUAUGCAACUUACCCGGCCCCUUACUUCAUUCCACCUCAGUCCUACCUUAAUGCUUAUGUGUAG